AUGAAGAUCCAGUGUAACGUUUGCGAGGCGGCGGAAGCGGCUGUGCUAUGUUGCGCCGACGAAGCUGCCUUGUGUUGGGCUUGCGAUGAGAAAGUUCACGCCGCUAAUAAACUCGCCGGGAAGCACCAGAGAGUCCCUCUCUCUGUCUCUUCCUCUUCCAUUCCCAAAUGCGACAUUUGUCAGGAAGCGUCUGGAUUCUUCUUCUGUCUGCAAGAUAGAGCUUUACUCUGUAGGAAAUGUGAUGUUGCAAUCCACUCUGUGAAUCCUCAUGUCUCAGCUCACCAGCGUUUUCUUCUGACCGGAAUCAGAGUCGGUCUUGAAUCUACAGACACUGGUCCUUCUACUACAAAGUCAUCACCAUGUAAUAAUGAUGAUAAAGCCAUGGAGACAAAACCAUUUGCUUUACCUACACCUGAUCCUCAAAAGAUGGACUUUGAUCAAGUAGCUUUCUCGGAAGCUAAAGUCAGUGAUCACAUUUCGACAAAGCUUCCUUUCGCAAGCAGCGGAUCAGCUGCUGGAAGCAUUCCUCAGUGGCAAAUAGAGGAGAUUUUCGGAUUGACUGACUUUGAUCAGAGCUAUGAAUACAUGGAGAACAACGGAUCAUCAAAGGCGGAUACUAGUAGGAGAGGAGAUUCAGACAGUUCAUCGAUGAUGAGAUCAGGAGAAGAAGAUUUAGAAGAUAACAACAAUAACUGUUUGGGAGGUGAGACACCAUGGGCGGUUCCAGAGAUUCAUUCUCCACCUACAGCUUCUGGUCUAAACUGGCCUAAACAUUUUAACCAACACUCUGUGUUUGUUCCGGACAUAUCUGCUUCAACUCCUUACAAUACCGGUUCGUCUCCUAACCAGAGGAUUGGGAAACGGCGGCGAUGGUUUUAA